GAAACGUACUGUCGCUAACGUUUAACGCUUCCAUUCUGGUUCCUGUAGUGAAAUGAAUAGAAGAUAACAAUAAACAUAUUUAAUUUGUUGCCCUUUUUUUUUUUGAGACUGUUUUAAUCACAUUUAUCAACUGUUAUCUUAUAUUUAUUAUUUGACUUUUAUAUACUUACUAUGGCUAGUAAUAAAGAAGAUAUAGAAAUUCCUAGCGAAAUAAUUGAUAAACUCCAAAAUUUUCAUCAGUCACUGGAAAAAAUGCAAAAAAUCCUAUCUCCAUUAAUAUCUACUAAUAUUAAUUCUACAGAUAAUAAGAUGGAAUCUCUGGAUAAAGCAAGACUGAAUUUAAUUAGUGGUUAUGCUUUAAAUUCCUUGUUUUGGAUGUACUUGAACACUCUUGGAAUUGAUCCAAAAGAGCAUAGUAUAAAAGGAGAAUUGGAAAAGUAUAAAAGUUUUAUGAAGACAGUGAAAGAAAUUGCUGACAAAAGUAAAGCUCCAAUUCUUAAUAAAGGUGCUGCUAGUCGAUUUGUGCGCAAUGCAUUAUGGGAACCAAGUGAAAAAAAUGAAACUUCCAUGAAUUCUAAUAAAGAGACAUCUAACCAGCAAGAGAAGAGACCAAGUAAUUCAAAAGAAGAUUUUAAAAAGAAGCGGCGAAAUUAGUAAUUGUAUAACUUGGCAUAUGUACAUAAUUUUACUGGACAAAUUAAAAUAUUUCAUUUUCUA